GGGGCGGGGAGAGGCGCGCGUGCGCGGGAGUCGGGCUGUGGGUGAUGCUGCUCGAGAGCUUGGCCGCGGGAGGCCGGGCAGUGGCCGCCGCUGCCCGGCGUCCGGGGCCGCGGCGACUCUCCAGCUGGGGCUGGUGUCGAAGGCUUCCUGGAGGCAGCAGCACUCUUUACCGGCACCGUGCCUGGGUCCAGGCCCGGGAAGGCCACGGAGAGUCCGGGAAAGACCACGUGGAGGUGGGCUCUCAGUGCGGUGCAGAGGGCACCAGGCAGCACAAGUCCUCCUUGCCUGGCGGGGGCCCCUCGGAACCCCCUUCUCCCCCGCCCCCCGGGCUCGAGCCCCCCACGAACUGCUGCAUGAGUGGCUGUCCCAAGUGCGUGUGGGUGGAGUAUGCGGAGGCGCUGCUGCAGCACUACCAGGACGGCGGGGAGCGGGCCCUGGCUGCCCUGGAGGAGCACGUGGCUGACGAGAACCUCAAGGCCUUCCUCAGGAUGGAGAUCAGGCUCCGAGCGAGGGGUGGACUCUGAGCCCGCUCGCCCAACCCCUGCACCCAGACGGGCCCCAGCCCGGCAGCUCCUUCCUGCUCGGGAAGCUUUGUUCACGGCCCUUCACGAGGCUGGUGUCAGACAGGAGCAGGAAGGAUCGUUUACUGACUUGAUCCGAGAAUAAACGCGCUGUCUGUGCUGCUUAGACAGGAA